AUGGGCUCUUUACUAACAGCUGUCCUUAACACUGCUUUGGGUGAUCUGAUUCGUGACAUCGACUCAUCCGAACUUGGGCUCUUCACACUAGUACACCCACCGUCUCAUGUACCAACUGAGUCUGAAACGAGGGGUGUGAUAUCCCGUGUAGAAUUUCCUGGUGCUACGCCUCUGAAGAAACCACCUUCUCGAAGGCAGGAGAUGACAAAACCGAGAGAGUAUGAACCAGAAGUAUAUGCACAGGCUACGUUAAAAGCAUAUAUCCUGUUUCAACCUGUCUUGUGUGGUAUUUCAGUCACUCAAUUCGCCCAAUGCCCCGUGCGCGAUCCCAGGUUCAGGGAACUUAUAAGCAGGCUGGAUGAGGCACGACGGAACAUCAGAGGUCUUAGUGAAACAUUGCAGCAGCCUCAAACGGUUCUGAUGUUCUCGGCGCAGUUAACAAGUAGCAAUCCCGCAUCAGGCCCCAGCUCGCAAGAGUCCACUGCAGCGGAUGAGGAACGGCGCAUACAAGAUCUCCAGGUUCGUCUCACCGAACUGCGUAAACAGAAAGAUGACAUCCUUCGCACCUCCAAUCCUGCUCCCAAGUCCAAGCCCGCUCCUAGACUGGCUAGGGCUCCUUCGCAUCUGACUAAGACGUUCUGGAACACGCCUGCCGCAUCUGUGCGGACGCUUCGCUUCACAGAAAAGCUCAUGGAUGAGGAGAUGGACAUCAAUGACGUAUCAGUCAUGUCCUUCAUGAGCCCGGUUCCUCGGCCUCGGCAAUUCUGUGGAUACCUGAUCCGUCAGACAAGCCUGAGGAAGAACUCACUAGGCAGUGAGCUAGAGGUGGAUGAUGGAGAUGGAGAACAAACUGUGGUUCUCAAGAAGCUGCCCUCGUCGUUACCACCGAAUCCCACGCCGCCAGAAGGCACUACGGCUCCUGAAACACCGUUGCCUGCAAAUUCAGAGUUGCAGACCCCUGCUGCGGGACCUCCUGAGUCAGCCAGAAAACCAAAAGUACGCAUGAAUGUGGAGAUCGAGAAGAUUGUGGUGAAGAUAUGGAGCACAGUGGGCGAGAUCAUCAUGCCGGGCCAUCCUUUCGACCCCACGGGAUCAAUAUCAGGCGGAAGCAAACCUCCAAGGGCAAAAGAAACUAUACCCCCUCCCCUACACCUCCAACUUGCAUCCUCAUUUUCAUCGCUUGCGCCAUCUAUGAUCACUGGCCAGCCCACCUCGCAACAGAUCGCAACUUGUCAGCUUUUGCUCGCUCUACUAAAACAGCCCGGUUUCUCGAUGUCGCUCAAUAAACUUAAGGAAGCACUAGCGAAGGUGGUGGUAGCGCGGGUGGCACACGAACGAUAUAUGCUUGUGUGGCGAAGAAGCUGAUCAAGAUUGAGCGAGGGGCGUGGGGAGCAGGUCGUCAAGUUUGACGUUUGAUUGAUUUGAUUGCCUCACUGCUGCUGCCUUCAUUUGAUGUAGUGUUAACCACCUGAGGACUGUGUCACUGUUGUGAACAUUCCUCCUGCAGGCAUGAUAAGCAGUAGGGCCAGGCUCCCAGCGAGGACGAUGCUCCGCCAUUUCAGGACAGUGCUUCCUUAUGGCCAGACCCAAACAAAGGGGAAUGGAAGAGACCACAACCCAAGUGCAUCAGACGGCUGGAGCCAUAUGGUUUUUAGGAUAGCAAGAUUCACAGCUGAUAUAUACACGUCUUUAAUCCUUAGAAAAGUUGCGGUAAAGCUCAA